AAGGUCGGGUAACAAAUUAGUGGCUGAAUAAGUAUCAUGCAAAUAAUUUGUGGCAGCUGAAAAUGUUUAUUGAAACGACAAAAACAAGCGUCAGUAGUUCACUUAGGAUGACGCCCAAGUUAGGCUAAUUACAGUAAUGGGAGUAAAAUACAGUACCCUUAAUCGGGGGCGUGGUCAUGUAAAGCUAUGCCUCGCCGUGUGUAUCUAUUAUUGUGUUGAAUGGUGAAGGCCCUGCUAUUUCUGUGGUUCAGACAGAUUGGUGGCUAGCCAGUUUGGGUUGGUAUGCAAUGUAUGAUUAGCAUAGAUACAUACAUUUCCGAAUCGAAGGAUUAAUUGCUUCGCCAAAAUGUUUUUUAUACGUUUGCUUGAACGUUUACCGCCUGACCUGGAAUCAGUCUUAUUGUAAAAAUGAGGCAUUUUAAGAAUCCAAGCUAGCUGUCUAGCUAGCUUUCCAUCUUGUAAAGUCAAUAUGCUUUGCUAUAGUAACGUUAGCCAAUUUGCUAGCUAACCGUUAGCGGACUAAUCGUGUAAACGUUAGUUAUUUUGGUUUGCUAGCUAACGUUACAUUUUAUUGAUGGGAUAACGUUAGCUGGCAAGGUGUCCUGUAGUUUGUCCAUCUGACUUCCUAAACCUAGCUAACGUUAGUUUACCAGCCUCCGCUUUAUUCCUUUAACUAUCGUUUCGUUUACUGGAUUUGACGUAACAUUAGCUGGCACUGGCUAGUAGCUGCAAGAUAUGGCCACUGCCUCUAGCUCCUGUGUGGGGAGAAAUGUGUCUAGAAAUGGACCCUCUGUCUCGACCCCGACCUCGGGAGCACCUGGACAAUCACAGCCUAUGGUCGUUGUAUGGGAAUGGCAGGAUGAUCUUGGCGUCUGGCGGCCGUACAGCGGCCAGGUGAGCGGCUACAUAGAACAAUGUUUCUCUUCUUCGCGGGGACACAGAGGUGGGGGUCCUGGCUCCACCAGUAUCUGGCUCGGACAAUCAGAUCCCAGUUUGUCGCCUUAUCUUAUAGACAUACCAAGCUUGAAGCAGUUCCGCCAAGAUACAGGGAAAACGCGGUCUGUACGCCGUCAAUUGUUUGCCCAGUCCUCAGGCUUGGGUAGCGGAGUAUAUUGGGAGUGGGUGAAUGACGAAGGAGGAUGGACUCCAUACGAGACUCGCACUUCUAUCCUACUAGAACACAGCUACCAGGCACGGCAGGCCACGGCGGACAUUGUCUCACACGGCUAUAACUACAUAGUGGACCUCACGGCGCUGGCCCAGGUCAACAAGGCCACGGGCUACCGGCGGCAGGUACGACGGCAGGGUAACCUCCCCUACCCACUGGCAUCUGGUGCAUCCGUCAUCCACUCGGGCCCGGCCUGCUCCUGCCAGCAGUGUCUGAGCCACAGCAGCACUGGCCCCAUGUCCAGCCGCUCGCGCCACUCCUUCUCGUCGGGGCAGCUGAGCCGGCCUAGCCUCCAGGUCCCUAGCAGGGCGACUGGAGCUCACCCCACCUCAGUGUACUCACCCUACCCCAGGAGGCCUCUUUCUGUGGGGGGAAUGGCGUGGGGAGGCCCCUGGCCACUGGCACCCUCCGCUAGUCAACUCCCUGGAGCUCAACUGGCCUUCUCCACCAGUGCCAAUGGCUUAAGUAUCCCCACCAUCCCUGUGCAACUGAAUGGAUCCACCAGUGUGAGCUCAGCCCUGGCAGGCAUGGCCUCCAUUUUGAUGUCAGCAGUGGGACUCGGCGUGCGCUUCAUGAGUGCCCCCUCCUCCGCUCCUCCUCCCCCCAGCAGCAGCAGCAGGCCCGCGGGCUCCAAAAGUCGCAGCUCGGUUAGGAGGGAAAAGAGGCAGCACAGGACAGUCCCGGCCCAGAAACCAGAGGAUGUCAUUCACCGCUACAUGGAGGAAGUGGCCUCUGCUCAAGACGAGGACUGCAUCAUCUGUAUGGACCGGCUGUCUUGUCCGUCGGAUUAUAACGUGGCGUCUGAGGGAGCCCAGUCCAUCCAGCCUGGCGCCGUGGGCAAGUUCAAGUGUGGACACACACUGCACAUGCUCUGCAUGCUGGCCAUGUACAACAAUGGUACCAAGGAUGGCAGCCUCCAGUGCCCCUCAUGCAAGACAAUCUACGGGGAGAAGACUGGGACCCAGCCCAAGGGGAAGAUGGAGAUCUAUAGUAUCUCCCAGUCCCUCCCUGGCCACCCCGACUGUGGAACUAUCCAGAUAAUUUACAGCAUCACCCAAGGGAUACAGGGUCCAGAGCACCCUAAUCCCGGGCAGUCGUACACCUCUAGAGGCUUCCCUCGCUUCUGCUUCCUCCCAGACAACAAAAAGGGCAGAAAGGUGCUGGAGCUGCUGAAGGUGGCGUGGACACGGCGCCUCAUUUUUACAGUGGGAACGUCCAGCACCACGAGCGAGCCCGAUACGGUGGUGUGGAACGAGAUCCAUCACAAGACGGAGAUGAUGUCCAACGUGUCGGGCCAUGGCUACCCGGACCCCAACUACCUGGACAACGUGCUGUCCGAGCUGGCCUCCCAGGGGGUGACCGACGACUGCCUCCUCAGACAGGAGGGCCCCAGCCAGGGGGGAGCGUCAAACUCUAGACUGUGAAAACUGACCCUGAAUCAGUUACUGAAAUCUGGUUAUGGCUAGGGAGCAUCCGACUGUGAAACUGACCGUGAAUCACUUUCCUCGUAAUGUCGCAACUUCAACAUAGAGAACAUAAGGGAUAAACCAAGUAUUCACAUUCCCACCUGGAUGUGUUUUUAUUAAGUAUUCAAUGCAAAGCGUAUGUCUGAGUGCAGUGUGCUGAAUACUACACAUACUGAUAAUGUGGGGUUUGACUUUACUUGACUUUACUUUUGAUUUUAUUAGCUGCAGUAGUGCUCCAUCAGCUCUUGGUUUAGUCACCUAGGCUGUCUCAAACGGCACCCUGUUUACAUCCCUAUAUUUGUAGUGCUAUAUAUAUAUAUAUAUAUAUAUAUAUAUAUAUAGCACUACAAAAGUCCUUUUGUCAAAGAUAAGGGCCCUCCAUAUAUAUAUAUAUAUAUAUAUCGGGGCGCCCUUAUCUUUGACAAAAGGACUGUUUUUUUUGGAACAGCCGGAUGUGUCGCACCCCUUUUGACAUGCUCCAUGGAAAGUGCCAGCUCUCGCAGGGAAUAUAGAACAUCAGUAGCACUUUUAGUUUUGACAGUGCAUUUAAUUAACACGUAUGGUAAUUACCAGGUUAUCUGUGGUUGAUAGUCCACUUUUUUUUUUAUAUAUAUAUAAAUUAUGCAAAUACUUUUUUUCCUUUUUUUUCUGUUGAGCAAUGUACUUACUCACCAACUACACAGGCAUAUAACAAAAACAAAAUGGUAGCAAAGUGAGUACUUGUUUGUGUUAAAAUGGAAGAAAAACUUUUAUUGGUAAAUUUUUCAUUUUCGGGUGUAAUUUAAAGCACUGUAAAGGAACAGAUUUGCCUGUAAAUGCCAGUUAAUAUAGAAGCAUAACCCGGAAGAGAAACUUCUCACUUUGCCUUUGUUUCAGUUGUAUUUUUUUCUUUCUUAAUGCAUUAUAAUUGAAAGGUGGAAUCCUUAGUUGCUACAUCCAUGUUUUACUUAAAUUAAUAUUAUGUACCCAUUGAUUCUUGAAUAAUAUAACUUAUAAAUGCCUCAUGAGCUUAGUUCAAUUGUCAUACCCCAUCAGAACCCAAAAUAGAAGCUUGUUACUCCAAUGUUUAAACAAUGUACAUUUAAACAAACUCUGUAUAGCCUCAACAUGGUUAAAACUAUACAUUUGUAUAUAAUGGAUGGUCAGUCCUUGCAUCUAUGAAUUUGAGAGUGGUUAUGUUUCUCCAGGCCCAUCCCUCAGCUUUUUACCAAUGCACAGACGGGGUGAUCGCUUUGUUUCAAUUAAGGAUUUUAUCUUUAACCAUUUAAAAUGGGAAAACAAGCAGAUUUGUCAUGCAGUCACUCGUAAUGCAAACAAAGCUAGGCCCAUGUUCAUAAAGCAUCUCAAAGUAGCAGUGCUGAUUUAGGAUCAGGUCCUCCCUGCCUAUGUAAUCUUAUUCAUUAUGAACAAAAACACAAAACUGAUCUUGGAUCAGUACUAGUGUCCUACUCUGAGACGCUUUAUGAAUACGGGCCCUGAUGCUUUGCUACACCCACUUACAGUGCAUUCUAGGCUGUCAUUGAAAAUAAGAAUUUGUUCUUAACUGACUUGCCUAGUUAAAUAAAGGUAAAAUAAAA